CAGAGCUAUGCGGAGGAGCAGCAUCGAGCCUGCGGAUGUAGCAGAAACUUUCCACGGCUUCUCCCGCUGGGAUGCGACCAGGAAUCAACACUGGGGGGAACAUAUAAGCCACAGCAGUGCUCCACGGAGGGAGUAGCCUAAGAUGUGGAUGAACUGACACUGACUCCUCUAUCCGGGUUAAUUACUCAACUUUAAGAGCGAGCAAACUUCGCUUUUUCUUUUUUGAAAAUGGCCGUUCGUGGCAACUCGCUGAUGCCUUUCUCGAUCCAAGCCAUCCUAAACAAAAAAGACGACAGCCGACACUCGCCAGAUUUGGACAUGUGCUUCUCCAAGACGACGUGCUGGAAAAUAUUUGGGGAGAUGAACGGCGGGUCUCGGAGAGAUGAUGUGGAGGAUUGUGAGCCGACGGACCAGAAAAGCUACGACUCGGACUCGGGACUCAGCGACGACAACGACAGCAAGACUCCGGCCGUGUGCAAGUCGGAGAAAGACGGAGACGCUGCGUCGGAUGUGCCGGAGGAAAGUUUGCAGGAGGAGACGGACCACGAGUCUGCAGCUGCAGAGAACGCAAAGAGUGACAGUGAGCCCAAUAAUGCUACGGACUCCAGCACCCUUGACGAGAAGACUCUGGACCAGCCCAAACAGCGGAAAAAGCGCUCCAGGGCCGCCUUCUCUCACGCGCAGGUCUUCGAGCUGGAGCGUCGCUUCAACCACCAGCGGUACCUGUCCGGCCCGGAGCGGGCGGACCUGGCGGCCUCCCUGAAACUCACAGAGACUCAGGUUAAGAUCUGGUUCCAGAACCGCCGGUACAAGACGAAACGCCGCCAGAUGGCCGCCGACCUGAUGGCGUCGACCCCAGCGGCCAAGAAGGUGGCCGUGAAGGUUUUGGUGCGGGACGACCAGAGACAGUACAGCCCGGGAGAGAUCCUGAGGCCCCCGCUGCUCUCCCUGCAGCCGUCCUACUAUUACCCUUACGCCUACUGCCUCCCUGCAUGGACACUCUCUGCAUGUGCGGGGAAUCAGUGA